AGGAGAGCGGCGCGGGCCGCGCCUGCGCACGACCACCCGGGCGUUCCCGGUGUGUCUGCCGGGUCUCCUCCAGGGAGCGCGCGGCCAGGGCGCGAGGAUGUGCGCGGUGCAGCGCCGGCCCAAGACCUUCCGGCUGCGGGACCUGCACAGCGCGCGGAAGUUCGGCGUGGCGGGCCACACCUGCCAGGAGGUGCUGCGCAAGGGCUGCCUGCGCUUCCAGGUCCCGGAGCGCGGCUCCCGGCUGUGCCUGUGCGAGGACGGCACGGAGGUGACCGAGGACUACUUCCCGGGCGUGCCCGACGACGCCGAGCUCGUGCUGCUGACCGCCGGCCAGACCUGGGGGGGCUAUGUGAGUGACAUUGGUCGCCUCCUCAGCGUGUUUCAGGAGCCGCACACGGGCGCCAUCCAGGCCGUGCGGCAGCUGUUGGCUGAUGAGCGGGCUCCGCUUAGAAAGAAGCUGCUGGCCGACCUGCUGCAGAGCGCCAGCCAGAACAUGGAGGCCGAGACGCGGGCCGAGGACCCGCCCUGGUUCGAGGGCCUGGAGUCUCGGUUUAGGAACAAGUCUGGCUACCUGAGAUAUAGCUGUGAAAGCCGGAUCCGGGGCUACCUGAGGGAGAUGACAGGGAUAGGAGAGCAGGGCUGCGCAGACCUGGCCAGCAAGGAUGUCCUGGGAGCAGGGGCCUCGAGAACCGCACGUGUGCAUGUGGUCACUGGGAGGCUCCCCUCAGGUUCUCCGGAUGGGGCCAGCAGAGGGCGUGGGCUGGUGCUCGCUCGGCCGGCUGUGGAGCAGUGGCAUCGACAUGGCCAGGGGCUCUGUCCGCCCUGUGACGCUGUGCCACCUGGAGCUUGUGAGGGUGGAGGCCGCCUAGUGGCUGUUUCGUUCCUCGCCCUGCGCUCCGACUGGGUGACCACCUAUGCCUCUCAGGUGGAUGUGGGGGCUCGAGAGGAGUUCCUGCGUGUCCUUGGCUCCAUGUGUAAGAAGCUCAAGGCUGCGCAGUACCACGGCAGCUACUUCGACAGGGGAGCCGAGGCCAGCGGCCGCCUGUGCACUCCGGAGGGGUGGUUCUCCUGCCAGGGUCCUUUUGACCUGGAAGACUGCGUCUCGAAACACUCCAUCAACCCUUACAGCAACCGGGAGAGCCGGAUCCUCUUCAGCACGUGGAACCUCGACCACAUCAUAGAGAAGAAACGCACCAUUGUGCCCACGCUGGCUGAUGCUGUCCAGCGGCAGGAUGGCAGGGAGGUGGACUGGGAGUACUUCUACAGUCUGCUCUUCACCUCUGAGAACCUGAAGUUGGUGCACAUUGCCUGUCACAAGAAGACCACCCACAAGCUCCAGUGUGACCCCCACAGGAUCUACAGACGCCAGCGGAGACCCCAGAGGCGGCGGCGGCCUGCUCGAAAGUGCCUGUGACCUGUGCUACGCUGCCUCCUCCUCGGUGGCUGACUACGUAACGGAAACUGGUGCUAUUCUCUGUCACUCCAGUAGUUCCGGGAAAUACUUCACAGCUCUUUCCUGGAGACCUGGUUUAAGUACAGCUCUGUGUCCUCUGCCUUGAGAACCGAGCCUCCAGUGGACAGCGGCGGGUGCUUGCCGGACACGUGCAGGUCCUGGUCGAGUGGCCGGGAAAAUGCUGUGUGCUCCAGGGUCUUCUGUGCUGAGUUGAACAGCUCAGUGCAUCGAGGGUUUGUGCACAGCUGCCAAGGCUGGGCGUGGCCUCUGCUCUCUGCUGUUCUCACAUGAAUGGCAGCUGGGUCUCUGGACUCUGCUGAAAGCCAGAGAGGGGUGUGGCCAUGUGUAAAAUGUUUGCAUUCCAUAAAAAACACAGGAUAGAUGCUGCUGAAUUUAUCAAAUGCAGAAAGCGGGGAACCUUCCAGGUGUCUCUAGGGAACUGCUGUAUGUUGAGCUGUGUAAAGUGCUAUUGUUGUAGGUAAAUGAUGGUCAGGUAUGAUUCACUUCAUGGUUCCACCCAGUCCACACUCAGUGGAAGCGGCAGCGUUGGAAGUGCCCUAGGGUGCUUGUGUGCAGGAAUGGAACCCACUGAGUGCCCAGGUGGCUGGGUGCCGUGUGACUGCUGGCUUGGGGAGCAGGGACAGUCUGGGGGAGACGCCUCAAACUCGGUAAUCUGGGCACGUGGUGGGGUGGGGUCACAGCACAAGGGACUCAUUUCCUAUAUCAUGUUUGUAAUACUUGGGCUUUUUAAGUGAUCAUUUUGUAGUAAUAUUUUACAAUGUACUUUGCAAAGUCCUAUAUUUUGUAAUAUUUGUAUUUUUUUACACUUACAAGUCAGAAAAAAAAAAAUAAAACUUUUCCAAAAUAGACAUGUCCAGAAAGUCUGUCCUUGAGGAGGGUGAGCACAAGGUCAUCGAGCUCGGGUGGCUGGUCUGAGUGGUUCUGUCUCCCUCAGUUGCACAGGGGUGCCCGAGGCAGAGCUGGCUGUGUGGGCUUCACGCACCAGCGUGGCAGUAGUGUCUGGUCUGUCAGGAAGGCAGGCACCAGGGACAGGUGCCCAGCUCCUGAGCCCAGAGCGCUUGCAUGGGAACUUUCUGGAACUCAGCAGACUGCACCUGUGCUUCGGGAGCUGGACGGGAGCCUCUGUAGUGAAGUCCAGAGAACCAGCUGCUCCUGCUUCAUGCUUGGCCUGCACCGCUUCCAGUGUCUCUCGCAGUGGCUUCCCUGAGGGCAGCCUCCCUCCCAUGCACCCGGACACAGGCCGGGUCCCUCCGUGCUGGUUCUGGAUGUCCUUAAGCAGCCAGCAGUGGUGCAGUGCAGGUUCCAGUCUGGUGAGCCAGAACACAAAUGACAGGAAGGCCUUCUUUACUCACCCCGGGGCCGGGGCAGACAGUGUCUGGACAGCCCAUCCCCCCCUGCACCGCUGGGGACCCCAGGACUUGCCUAACAGCUUUGAGGACUAUCCUGUUUGGACAGGAGCCCAAUGGGGCAUUUCCUGCACGUGCUGCUGUCACUUUUGAGGGCUGCAAGCAAUGGGGGUGGGGGCUUCAGAGGGUGACGGGCUGUCUGUUCUCCAGGAGGGAGGGGGAUCCUUGGAGCUGGGAAGGGAGCACUAAAAUCUGAGGCACAAGGGACCCUUUUGCCGCAGCAUCCUGGCAGCAGUGCUGGCCUCAGAGGAUGCGGGGUGAGCUUGCAGCGGGCCACUGCUCUCCCCUUGGCAGCUGGCUGGACAGCGAGGCUUAAUGAACAUGUGCUCAGGGUCCUGGCUUCCUGCCGCUUUGGAGGAAGCACACCGCAGCCAGCUGCCAUGGGUCCUGGCCAGCCUGCCGAGGGACAGGGCCAGUGGAGCGGCUGACGCUGGCAGCAACCCCUCAGCUCAAGGAGCCGAUAAAGCAUGCCAGGCCUUGGCGAAGACCACCGUGGCUGAAGGUAGUGAGCAGAGGAGUAAGAAGCCAGCGUCUCUCACAGAGGUCAUACUGCAGACCAAGACAGGAAGGGGCAGGUUUUUUAUUUUUUUGGCUUCUAGAAUGUCCCAGAGUACAGUACCAUUCUUUCUCAGUGACCAAUGUUUUCUAUCACAUACUUUAUGCCAGUAUCUCACGGCGCAUCACACUUAGCCCCUUUUGUACUCAACAAGGAGAGUGGGACUACCAAGAAAGCUUUUUCCUUUUGUACUGGAGAUUGAAGCCUUUCCACUGAGAUAUAUCCCUACCCCUAUCUC